AUGGCUGAUGCACAGCAGCAGCAGCAGCAGCAGCAGCAAUAUACCACUACGACAUCGGAAACGCUCCGAGGUCAGUCACAGCACGAGCAGCAGACCAGCGUCAACGGUGGUGGACCAGUAUCAUCGAACAGCCGGAUACCGCCAGAGAUCGCGGCGGACUAUGACUUGUCCAAGCCCAUUUCGUCAAAGACGGGUUUGAGGCAGGGUUUGGCGGGCUAUGGCGAUCCGCACUUCUCGCUCUUCCUGCGUAAAGUCUUCAUCAAAGCCCUCGGCUACAGCGACGACUCACUCUCCAAGCCCAUCAUCGGCAUCAUCAACACCUACUCGUCCUUCAACCCCUGCCACAGCAACGCCCCUCAACUCAUCGAGGCCGCGAAACGUGGCAUUCUCGCCUCAGGCGGCCUCCCCGUCGAUUUCCCCACCAUUUCGAUCCAUGAAUCCUUCUCCUCCCCAACCUCCAUGUACCUCCGCAACCUGAUGUCCAUCGACACGGAGGAAAUGACGACGGCGCAGCCCGUCGACGCCGUCAUCGCCAUCGGCGGCUGCGACAAGACGGUGCCGGCGCAGCUGAUGGGGUGCAUCAGUGCCAACAAGCCCUUCUUGCCCCUGAUCACGGGACCCAUGAUGCCCGGAAGCGUCAAGGGCAAGCGCGUCGGCGCCUGCACCGACUGUCGUAGCCACUGGGCUGCCUACCGUGCGGGGACCCUGGAUAUGGAGGAGAUCAUGGCUGUGAAUGAAGAGCUCGCUCCAACGGGAGGCACCUGUGGCGUCAUGGGCACCGCUUCCACCAUGGCCUGCAUCGUUGCCGCGCUGGGGUUGACGGACCUGCGCUCGGGAGCCACCGCCGCUGCCGUCUCUUCCGCCCGGCUGCGUGUCGCUGAAGACACCGGCCGCCGCGCCGUGGCUUUGCUCAACAUGCCCGGCGGUGUCGAUGCCACGCGUCCACAAGCCUUACUGACCAAAGAGUCGUUCGAGAACGCCAUUACGGUACUACAGGCCAUCGGCGGCAGCACCAACGCCGUUGUCCACCUGAUGGCCAUCAUCAACCGACACCCUUCGGUGGCAGGUCAGCUAACUCUGCAAGACGUCGACCGCAUCGGCCGCAACGUGCCUCUCCUGGUCGACCUCAAGCCGUCCGGCGACGGCUACAUGACCGACUUCCACAACGCGGGCGGCAUGCUCGCGCUGAUGCACCGCCUGCGCCCGCUCCUGCACCUGAACGCGCACACCUACACAGGCGAGACGCUGGGUCAGCUGCUGGACACGACGCCCUGGCGCAGCUUCGACUACAGCGAGCGCGUGGUGCGGCCACUGACGGACCCGCUGUGGGAGCGCAGCAGUCUGGUCGUGCUGUCCGGGAACCUCGCGCCCGGCGGCGCCGUCAUGAAGCAGAGUGCCAGUAAAGACCAGAGAUUGCUGAAGCACCGGGGCCAGGCGGUCGUGUUUGAGGACGCGGAGGAUCUGGCGAGACGGAUCGACGACUCGGCGCUCGAGGUCUCGAGGGACAGCGUGCUGGUGUUGAAGGGGAUCGGCCCCGUGGGUAACCCCGGGAUGCCCGAGGCGGGCUUGAUUCCCAUACCGAGGAAGCUGGGGAAGGAGGGCGUAUUGGACAUGUUGCGCAUCAGUGACGGGCGCAUGAGCGGGACGGCCGGCGGGACGAUCGUGCUGCAUGUGUGUCCUGAGGCGGCGGAUUUGGAGAGCGUGUUUGGCGUCGUGAGGACGGGGGAUCGCAUCGUGUGUGAUGUGGAGCAGAGGGUGCUGCAGCUGGAGGUUGCAGACGAGGAGAUUCAGAGGAGGGUGCAGGAAAGGAAGGCGGCGAAGCUGGGGGAGAAGGGCGGCAGGGGAGAUAGGUGGAUCGAGAGGAAGGGAAGGAGAGGGUACAGGGGUUUGUAUGAGCGGAGGGUCAACCAGGCUAAUGAGGGAUGUGAUUUUGAUUUCUUGAGGGCGGUUGGUGGUGAGUAUGAAGAGUAG